AUGGGGCACCAGUGCUGCAGCAAGCAGAAGGUGAAGCGGGGGCUAUGGUCCCCGGAGGAGGAUGAGAGGCUCCUCAGGUACAUCACGGCGCACGGCCACAGCUGCUGGAGCGCCGUCCCCAAGAACGCCGGGCUGCAGCGCUGCGGCAAGAGCUGCCGGCUCCGGUGGAUCAACUACCUCCGCCCGGACCUGAAGCGCGGCACCUUCUCCGAGCAGGAGGAGCGCACCAUCCUCGACGUCCACCGCAUCCUCGGCAACCGGUGGGCGCAGAUCGCUAAGCAUCUGCCGGGCCGCACAGACAACGAGGUCAAGAACUUCUGGAACUCGUGCAUCAAGAAGAAGCUCAUCGCGCAGGGUCUCGACCCCAAGACCCACAACCUGCUCCCGGCAUCCAAGCACCUCCUCCAUGCACAUGGCGGCACCGGCUCCGGCAGCAACCCUAGCAACAACCCUGCUGCACGCGCCCAAUUCCAUUCCCCCAAUGGAAACGGGAACGGUUGCGCCACGCCGCCGUUCACCAUCAGCUCCCCGACCAAGGCGGUCUACGACGCUGCCACGGUUGCGCCGCCAGUGGUGGCGCCGGGUUUGUACGACGUCCAUAACCCUGGCAUGAUGAUGGGGCAGCACGAGCGCGGUCAACAAGCUGCGAUCGCCAUGCAGCAGGGCUACCCGUACGUCCACAAUAACGGCGGUGGUUUACUCAUGAACUUCAGGGAUCAGAACGCCGCGGGCGUCCACGCCUCCAUGGACUUCAUGAAUGGCUCUUCUAAUUCGUCGUCUUCCAUGGAGUACGCGGCCGGCAUGCCCAAUGGCAACGUCUUCAACCCAGGCGUGGCGGCGUUCAUGGACGAGACGGCCGCAAUGUGGGCCACCGUUGUCGAGCCACGAAUGGGUGCCGGGAUCGAAAUGGCACAUCAGCAUCGGCAACAGCACGGGUUGGGGCUGGAGGAGGUAGUUGGACCCCCGCCGCGGCCAUUGAUCAACGGCGGUAGCUCAGGUGGCAAGGGACUGGAUAUCAUGGACGUCUCUUCGGAAGUGUACGGUUCCGCCGGUACAACGACGGCGUUCGACCUAGAGCUGAUGGAGUCGUGCGGGUUAUUUUGCGGCGCCGCUGGCAAUGGCAUGGAGCAGCUCCAAUGGGAUUGCUAA